GCCUGUACACUACACUACAGAUGGGCACGCCUGCUAUAUAUACGGCGCCCAUUGGAGUGCCGAUUCAAAGUUUCAACAACACCUGCUACUUGAGCCAACAAACAACACACAGCUUGUCCUCGCCAUUGCUCACUUGGGAGCAUCCAAUCCAACCCACAACACUUCGUGACUGCAAUAUGAAGCUGCUCGCUGGAGGCCAGAGGAGGAGGCAGAGGGGAUUCGGCAAGGCCCUCAAGGAGCAGAGGGCCAGGCUCUACAUCAUCCAGAGAUGCGUCGUCAUGCUCCUACGCUGGCACGACUGACCAACCGCUGGGAUCCACGCCAUGGGGAAGCUUCAUCCAAGGUCGGACGAGCUCCGAUCCAUCGUGUCUUCGCCUGACGACUCAUCGGGUGCCGAAGUUUGGGGGGGGGGGGGGGGGGGGGGGGGGGGGGGGGGGGGGGGGGGGGGGGGGGGGCUCGUGCUGGUGCCACAAAUGGUUGCCGGCUGCUGUACAUAGAGGGCCAGUAUAGUGUAGUACUCCGACAAAAAGAGGUGGUAGCAGUAGGAUUCACUCUGGUGUUCGUCGUCAGUGUCUACCGUGUCAUUGUGUAACCACAUCGGUGUGAUGGAAUACCAAAUCAAUCAAACAUAGAACAACCAAUGGAUCGCUGACAAGGCCUUCAUCAGAUUGCUUUCCUCUUCUUCGUCAGAAAACCAGAACUUGUAAUCUGCGGAAAACAACUUGUGUCAAUGUCUUGCCGGCUCAAAACAUCAUGCAACAGACCUGCUAUUUUCUGGUUCUGAA